UGGUCGUCUCCGUGGCCGCGACGCGCCCAACCGGUUUAAAGCGGGGCGUUAUGAAGCAUAUUCCUCAAACCAGGGGCGGGUCCAUCAGAGGCCUUUACUACUUGAAGAGUACAACACCAGCCAGCAACGCGCGCGAGACAAGAGGUUGUAUUCUCGCGAGACUUCUGGGAGGCGGCCGUGAUGGCGGCGGCGGGAACCGGCCUUGGCUCUGGAGCGGGUGCAGGACCUGGUUCAGGAGCGGCCGCAAAUGCAAUAACGGCGGAAGACGGGGAGACGAAACCGGUGGCAGCGAUAGCAGCCGCUCCGGCCGGAGAGGGGGCAUCUACUGCGCCGACGCCUGCGGAGCCCAGUUCUGGGGAGGCCGAAAGCAGGGAUGCAAACUUGGUUGAUGUAAGUGGCGGUUUGGAGACAGAAUCCUCUAAUGGAAAAGAGACACUAGAAGGUGCAGGGGAUACUUCAGAGGCAAUGGAUACUCAAGCUGGUUCUGUGGAUGAAGAGAAUGGCCGACAGUUGGGAGAGGUAGAAUUGCAGUGUGGGAUAUGCACAAAGUGGUUCACAGCAGAUACCUUUGGCAUAGAUACCUCUGACUUAAAAAUCAUAAUUAGGAGUGAAAAUGAAAAACUUCUUAUUCUGGGGAUCUUCCCAGCAGCUAGCAGAUCCUGUCUACCUUUCAUGACCAACUACAGUUUUCAUUGCAAUAUAUGCCAUCAUAGUGGGAAUACCUAUUUCCUCCGAAAGCAAGCAAACUUGAAGGAAAUGUGCCUUAGUGCUUUGGCCAACCUGACGUGGCAGUCCCGAACACAGGAUGAACAUCCAAAAACCAUGUUUUCCAAAGACAAGGAUAUUAUACCCUUUAUUGAUAAAUACUGGGAGUGCAUGACAACCAGACAGAGACCUGGAAAGAUGACUUGGCCAAAUAACAUUGUCAAAACAAUGAGUAAAGAAAGAGAUGUGUUCUUGGUAAAGGAGCACCCUGAUCCAGGGAGCAAAGACCCUGAAGAAGAUUACCCCAAAUUUGGGCUUUUGGAUCAGGAUCUUAGUAACAUUGGUCCUGCUUAUGACAACCAAAAACAAAGCAGUGCUGUAUCUACCAGUGGGAAUCUAAAUGGUGGAGCCACUUUUGGAGGAGGAAUCACAGCAGGAAGCAGUGGGAAAGGAAGAGGAGCUAAACGCAAACAGCAAGAUGGAGGGACCACAGGAACCACCAAGAAGGCCCGGAGUGACCCUUUGUUUUCUGCUCAGCGUCUUCCCCCUCACGGCUACCCCUUGGAACACCCAUUCAACAAAGAUGGCUAUCGAUACAUUCUUGCUGAGCCUGAUCCACAUGCCCCUGACCCUGAGAAGCUUGAACUUGACUGCUGGGCAGGAAAGCCCAUUCCUGGAGACCUCUAUAGAGCCUGCUUGUAUGAACGGGUUUUGUUGGCCUUGCAUGAUCGAGCUCCCCAGCUGAAGAUCUCUGACGACCGGCUGACCGUGGUGGGUGAGAAGGGCUACUCCAUGGUGCGGGCCUCCCAUGGGGUCCGGAAAGGCACCUGGUACUUUGAAAUCACUGUGGACGAGAUGCCGCCGGAUACCGCUGCCAGGCUGGGAUGGUCCCAGCCCUUAGGUAACCUUCAAGCUCCCUUAGGUUACGAUAAAUUUAGCUAUUCUUGGCGGAGCAAAAAGGGAACCAAAUUUCACCAGUCCAUUGGCAAACACUACUCUUCCGGAUAUGGACAGGGAGAUGUCCUGGGCUUUUAUAUCAAUCUUCCCGAAGAUACAGAGACAGCCAAGUCACUGCCUGAUACUUACAAAGACAAGGCUUUGAUAAAAUUCAAGAGUUACUUGUAUUUUGAGGAGAAAGAUUUUGUGGAUAAAGCCGAGAAGAGCCUGAAGCAGACUCCUCAUAGUGAGAUUAUAUUUUAUAAAAAUGGUGUCAAUCAAGGUGUGGCUUACAAAGAUAUUUUUGAGGGGGUUUACUUUCCUGCUAUCUCACUGUACAAGAGCUGCACGGUUUCCAUUAACUUUGGCCCAUGCUUCAAGUACCCUCCGAAGGACCUCACUUACCGCCCUAUGAGCGACAUGGGCUGGGGUGCUGUGGUCGAGCACACGCUGGCCGACGUCCUGUAUCACGUGGAGACAGAAGUGGAUGGGAGGCGCAGUCCCCCCUGGGAACCCUGAUGGGUCUGAGCUCUUUUCAGACUUGAACUUCCUGGAGAAUAAGGCUGAGGUUUUCGUUUUUAACUCUCAAAUGUUCUCCCAAAGAUGCUGCAGGGCACUGCUCUCCUUCAGCCCGUUGAAAGGCUGGGUGGGACUGCCUGACAUUCCCUCACCGCUCCCUGUGACGCUCCCGUGUUAUGUGCCAUCAACCAACAACUGCCAACCCCAGGCCCCAUAAACUCCCUGUGAAAUGGUGCUGUGUCCCAUCCCUGCCAGUGGGGACUUGUUACCUUGCUGCAUUUUCUAAGGAGUGGUACUCUGCACAACAGCUAAUUUAUCUAAAAUAUAUUUCCUUCUGCAAGCAUUGACUCUGCCUGCCUGGUCUCCGGGGCUGUGGGACUGUUUCUGAGAACUGAAAUCUGGCAGUACAUUCUUGGCUCAUCUAAAACUGCUUUCCUUUUAGUGUGGGUUUGGCUGUUGAUUUUAAAAUACACCUUUGAACCCUGGAAUCUCUGAAACUAUUAGGUCUCUAGAACUGGAAUUAUGAAAGACUUGCUCCGCUUUAGCAGAAUUAGAUCUCUCCAAAUAAAACUUGGGUUUGUGUGGUA